UCUCACUUCUGUGAGAACCGAUCGACUUUAAUCAAACAACAGUUGUGCGUAUUAAAAGUUAGUAUUCGAACUUAUCGAAUGUGUGUCACAGAAAAUAAGACAUCUUGCAUUAUUUCACUGCAUUUUAGAAUCCCUCGAAAAAACUGUCGUUCUCUGUAGUAGUCCUACGUCAUUGCCACGUCAAUGUCACUUGGAAGCGUGUGCCUGUUUUUGCAUCCAAACAUCUUUAUAAUACAUGGAAUUUAAUAUCCAGAAAUCUUAAUGCUACGUAAUCAGGAAGCGAAAAAUAGUUUUAUUUCGUGCUGCCUUCUGUUUCAGGUAAACUUUUAGACAUAUUUGGAUUCUCGGUUUGAGAUAAGCAGGAACAGUUAUUGAUGAUCUAAUUCUCUUGUACUUUAUCUCAUGGAAAUUGAACACGAACGAACGAAGUUGUCAUUAAGAAAAUGGAGGAACAAAUAAAAGAUAGAGUGUUAAAAUACCACAGUAAACAAGGAAAAGAUUCGUUAACUCAUUCAACAAAAUAAAUAAAAGCAAAGAGUUUAGGGGUGUCCUGCCCUGGAAUGGCUAAUGAAGUAGACGAAGAUGAUGUAUUUUUUGACACUAUUGGCUUAUUCGAAAGCCAAACCUCGAAUAAAUAUCUUGACAAAACAAACACCAUUGAACAAGAAGCUGAUGAGGCUUCAGCUAUGAAGAGUGUAGCUCCAGCAGAAGCCAUGGAGGACCAAAGUUUCCACUGCGAAAACAACAGGCAGGGAAAUUUAAAACCUGACAAUAAAUUUCAUUUGCAAACCACUGACCCACUAAAUCCAGAAAAAGAUUUUUUGGAGUAUAUGUUGUCACUGUCUGGGUCCCUGGGAGAAGGAGAAGAAAUUACUCGGACAGGUGGUAAGGGGAAAAGUGUGAGUGGUGUGAGUGUUAGCAAUGCUAAACCUAAUACGAAAAUAGGCUUAGAUCAUUUGGACAAUUUAUGUAAGCUGAUGGAACAGCUCAGUGAUUUACGUGAAGCCAACACAAAGCUCCAGAAGCGUGUGCAGUACCUGGAAGACAUUAAGUCUCUCCAUGAUAUGCACAGAGAAGUCGUAAAGGUGUUGUCAAUAGAUGUUCAGCAUGAACCCACUUACAGACAGGGUCGUUACACCAAAGGGUGUAACCAGUCGGUUACUUAUACUGAAAACCCACGCCGAGUGCGGUACAAGGCAAAAGGUAGGCAGUUUUCUGUGCAGAAGAGUAAAACACAGUUUAACAUCCCCGAAUCUCCUUCUACUGUCAGAGAAAGAAGUAAGUCUGUAGGUCAUGAAGAGAUGUGUGAACCCAAAGGAAGCAACAAAAAAAAAUUUCCAAAGUGGUUCAAAUUCAAAGAAGCUUUAGGUUGGGAGAGAGGUAACCAAGAAUCUGGACGGACCGGGGGAAGUAAGGGGGGUCGUUCUGAGAAGAGGUUACAAACAGAGAAGUUGGCAAAAGAUGUAUUCAGGGGAGACGAAGGAAGAAGAGUUCUAUGGGAGGAACAUCUUGGUGCUCUUGGAAUUCCUGUCUACUUGGAAUAUCCAGAUCAUGAAGGUCUCGAUCCAGAGAAGCUGACGCUAGAAGAGUUGAUGGGGACCACUGAGAGCCUGUCCUCUCCCGAGGGGUCUCUUUACCUUAGUGAAGAAAACCUUCUGAAGAAAGGAGAAGCUCCAGCGGCAAGGCAAUCGUCCGCUCGUGAGAAGUCCGAAAGUUCAAGACGUCAUGAAAGAAAAGACAAGUUUACUCCUAGUCCUACUUCUUCCACCAGAGGGCCUCCCGGAAGAGAAGAUAUUAGAGAUAGUCAAGAAAGAUCCAACACAAUCGAUCAAGAAUGUGAGGGAGAACAACCUGCUUAUCAAGAAGAUACUAAAAAAUCCCAUAAAGGGCCUUGGAGACGAGUGAAGACAAUGAUCCAGACAAGACGAGAUAGUCUGCGGAGGAAACACAGAAAGAAUGAAAGCGGGAAAAAAAGGGAAGAAAAAAUCGAUACUGAUCCUGUUAGCGGAGUCAGUGUUGAAAUAUCAGUAGCAAGUGAUGAAGAAGAAGGUGAAAUCAAAGAUGAAGAUGACCGUACUGAUGAUGAACUUGGGGAAUUAAGGGAAAGGAAAAUUUCGAAUCGAAGCGUAAUGUCAAUAUCCAAAAAAGGCUCUUCGCAAAACAUAAGUGGAUUACAGGAACAGCGCAUUUCUUGUACAGAUGACUGGGUUCAAGAACCUGCAAGAGAUACACAUGGAAUAAAUGUAGUUGCUAAAGGAACGGUUCAACAAGAGAGGAAAAAGAAGCCUAAGUCACUUUCUAUACCUACAGACGAAGAAGAAAACAGCUUGCCACCAAUAUGGAGAACUAGUGCCACAGCUGAAGACAAUCCUCCAACACCUCACUCAUCCCCACCAUUUCAUCGGAAGUCGCGAUGGACGAAAGUGAAGAAAGUUUUCAGUAGCAAGCGAGAAGAUGACGUCAGAUAUCCUCGUUCUCAAUCAGUUCCUUCUAGUCCGGCGUCUGUUGAGAAAGUAUCCCAUUUCGACUAUGAUGAGAAAAAAAUAGAAGAUGAAGGUCAACUUCAGGAAGAUGAAACAAAUAUAAAAGUAGAAGCCCAAUCUCCAGAUGUUGCGUUUUCGGAUAGUUACACAUCUGAGUUAAGCGCUAUGACAGCUGAUGGAUCCCUACAAGUAUUAAUGCCAUCUAGUUCCGCUCCAAUGGCCAGCAUAGUCCAGGAACUCCAACGAAACCUAAGCGAAGAUUUUAAUCGGAAAAUUCAAGAAUGGGAAAGGAAGCGAGGAAAUGGUUGGAAACCUCCUAGUCCAAGUCUCGAGAGGAAAGGUUCAUCUUCUCGCCUUUGGCGAAGUAAAACCGAAAAAGACAAACCGGAUCGAAUAGAAAAGGUGAGAAAAAACCGCAUGAAAGACCUUAACUGGCUCGAGAAAGAGUUACAGAAAGUGGAGCGAGAGAAACAGAGGUUAGCUAAACAGAAGAGGAAAUAUGAAGAGAGAGCUGUACAGUUACAGAGACUGCGAGAAGCCGUUUUUAAUGCACAAAAGACUAACAAAAAAGAAGUACUUGUUCGUACCUCAGCUGGUGAAUUCCGAUUUGAAGGGAUAUCUGAUGCUUUCACAAAAAAAUUGUACGAAUGGGAGACGAAACGUGGAGUUCAGCCGGAACUCUCCACGAUAGCUUUACUGGAUGCCAGCAUGCGAAAACCUUCCUUUUCACCUAGGAUUUGUUUACCUUCUGAUCGUGCUCCGUCCUUGCAAAGAGGAAUAUCUAGGUCUGAAACCAGUAUUCCUGAUGCAAUUCAGUCUGGACCAUCUCCUUGCACUUCCCUUCCAUCCCUCCAACACGACACAAGCCAGCAUUCUGAGCGAAUACAACUUUCUAGGGCAAAUUCCGAACCUGAUCUCUCUUCAUUUAACAGCAAUAAGGAAAUGGGCUUUAAACAGCGAUCACAUUCGGAUGACACUGUAGGAAGUGAUAGAGUUCAAAGUUAUGCACCGCCGGAAGUGACCCAGCUAAUUGAUAGUGAUUCCGAAGAAGCUGUAUUAUAUGAAAAGAAAUGGAAGGAAGAACGAGAAUUACAAGAGGCUUCUGCGCAAGAAGAUAACUAUUAUACGCUUCUUGAAGAAAACAUGUUCCUUUUGGAGCAGCUGAAAACAAAGGAAGGGAUCUGUCGUCGUCUGGAAGAAGAAUUAGAAACGCUGGACGAUAAAAUGGAAGAAAUGAAUGCACGACAUCAGAAAGAACUGGAACUAUACAAAGACAAACUCUGGAAACUUCACUGUCGAUACUGUAAACCUACUGACCUACAGGACUCUUUACGACUGAUCUCUCAGCUGAAGUUUAAAGUUGAUGAGCUAGAGCAGUGUUGUGACCGGCUGAAGUACAACCGGGAAACACUAGAGGAUAGCUUCCGGUACCACAGUGAACAGCAAGCCAGGUUGACCCGUGACUUUAUUGACAAAAUGAAGGAGUUACAAGAGAAAACGAACUCCCAGUGGGUGUGUCCAGAAGCACAAGAAGAACCGGCAAAAAAGCCGUCCACUCUGAGACUGAACUCCAAAAAUGUAGCCAAAUUACAGCAUUUAUCAACCGAGCUUUUGCAACAGGCUCGAAAUAUAGAAUGUCAGCUAGCAGCAAGAAAUAGCCAGGUUUGCCAACUUCGGUGGGAAGUGCUACGUCAUGAAGUCGCCACCAUGCGGCUGCACACCGAACUUCGCCAUGCUAGGUGGAAAGGAAACGGAAGCUUUUCUGUAAAAAGAACACUGAUGGCACGCAGGCGUGGAUCUCGUCCUGAAAAACACCAUUCAUGGUCAUCUAGUGAAAAGCUGAAGAAACAAGACAGCGAAGAAGAAAGACAAACAGAUAAUAAGUUUGGAGUUUGCAAGGAAUGGGAGAGAAUCGAGUAUUUACCCUCUGAUCUCAGUAAUAUAGCUCAACAACUGAAGGUGGAGCUGCUGAAACUUUGUUCCAAUGCAGACGUUUCUGUGUGCAGUAGUAAUGGCUCCAGUUCACCAGAACAGCCACAAAAAAUAUAUCAGGUUUGUGAUCAGCCCAUUGCAGACAUACAAGACAAAGUUAAUGAGCCUUAUGAGUCUCCAUCUUCCACUCACGCACAUGAAUUUCCAACUCAGGUUAUGAGUCCAAAGCUGUCGGUGAGGCGGAAUUCCGACGGUCAACAGUCUCUCUCAGGACAGGAUGUAUAUAGCGCACCGGAAUAUAAAGAUGGCGAACAGCUAACUCUCGCUUUAAAAGUCCCAGAAAAACAAUGGAGGUCAAACUCGCCUACUCUGUACUCUGACAAUUCCUUUAUAGAAAAUAAUCCCCACAUAUCUGGACCAAGCAACAAAUCUCUUGAUGAAACGUGUAAAAAAAUUGAAUAUUCAAAACCCAAAGAUUUUAUUACGCCACUCAAAGACAGAGACGUUGGCUCCAACGUCCUGUCUUCAACAAGAGCUGUAGAUUUGAAACUUGAUCAUUAUCAAAAAACACCAGGAACAAGAAAGGAAUCACUACAAAAAGAACAAUUUAGCGACGAAAUAAAAAAUUUAGACAUUUUUUUUCCAAGCUUAAACACAGAUCAUGACAAUUCUACUUGUAAUAUUACAACAGGUAUUACAAAGCCAACUGAUCUUUCCGGUAAAACUAAUACAAACGUAGAUGGUAUGUCAACUUCGCAAAAGAUGGUGAAUAAUGAUGUUUCCGAGGAAACAACAGAAGGUCUUGUUCCAGAACUUGGGAAAUCAAAAGAAUCUCAGUCAGAUCCGGAUGAAGAAGAAAUGAUACUUCGAGCUGCUCCUUUUCUUCGAGGUGAAAGCCCAGUAAUACGAUCAAGAAGUCCCCGGAAACUAAAGAAAGAAACAUCUCGUGAAAAACCUACGAAUGAACCAGAAGGAUAUCUUUCAGACUCCAAGAGUAGAACUGUUUUGACCCACGUUUCCCAAGAGGGUUCUCCAAGUGUCAAAAACUUAAUUGAAAAGUACAACCGUAAGGUCAAAGACAGUCAACAUGUUGUCCAACCUCCAUCACCCCGUGGCGAUGGUGAAAUGCAUUGCUGGCCUCAGAUGUCUGAAGUUACCCAACCAAAACAGCUUAAUGAAAUAAAACAUUUUAGCUUAGACCCCGAAUAUAAUCGUACUAUAAGCGAAACGGUACAAUUUAUUCCGUCUUUGAGUCCUGCAUCUCGAGCAAGAGCAGCAGCUCUACUGAAGGCCAAAGAAGAUUUUAUAACCCAAACUAGUGUCAUGUCUUUAAAAGCCGAUAUGAUGCACGGAAAAUCUAAAGAUAAAGAUGUGUCGCCAUCACUUGAUCAAGGAGAGGAAAGUAGGAAAGAUGAAAAUGGUAAUAGGUCCAAUAGAUGGGAGUCCAUGCCCUGUACUGGAGAUGACAGUCACUCUGUAAGCUCAAUGAAGUCGAUUGAUUCUAUGAGUGAAAUAUUAUUUAAAUCAGAAGAAAAAUGUCAAGAAUCAAAAACGAGCAAUCAAGAGACAACAGAAGAUUCCGGUCAAGCUUCUGAUAAAAGAAGAAGUGUCUGCACUAUUGCUGCCACUGAUUCUUCAGCCAGUCUGGAGGAUGCAGCUUCUAUUCCAAAAAGUACAGCCAAUACAAAAAUACGCAAGCCAAAGAAGAAAAAAGACCAGUCUGCUAUUAGUGCUUUGUGUCGGCAAAGUUUAACGGUAACCUUGGAAACCCAAGCUGGUAUUUUACCCUCUGAAGCUCUGCAGGUGGAUGCUUCCAAAGGACAUUCCUCUAACGUAAAUCCUCUUAGCCCACAUCCUAUAUCGAAUUCAGGGAACCAAGAACGACCAAAAGGGUGGCUCUCUAAAAACAUUUUCAAGCCUAAAUAGUCCUGAUUCUUUCACGUUUGCUCUAGUCCAAUGCCUUAUACGAAUUAUUUAGUUAUUUUAUAUCUUUUCAUGCUAAAAACAUGAUAGCGAAUAAAUUUACCAACGCACAUUUUAGGCUUCUGUAAAUACAGUAUCUGCCAAUCUCAUGUUCAUUAUAAAGCAAAAGUGUAGCUGAAUAUGUAAUAUGUUGCUUCUUCCAGAAAUGAGUAUCAAAAAUUAGUAAAACAGAGUAACUUCUAAAAACUUACACUCUUUCUUUGGCCAGACUCAACUUCGCUCACAUUGAAACUUCAAUAUCAAUCGUGGUACGAAAUAUACACACAAAAAUGUGAACACUCAAAAUAAUUGUAAUACUUCAUUUAUUUCAAAACACAUCGUUAUGUGUUUGUUGUAAAACAUAAAGCUACACGAUAGGCUAUCUCAGCACUGCUCACCGUGGAUAUCGAAACUCAAGUUUUAGCGUCAUAAACCCACUAACUAACAUCUGAACUACCGGGGGGGGGGGGUCGUUUUUAUUGUUUUUCAUAAGAUUGUAUAAGAACGAAAAAUAUUUUUGACUAGUAUUUGUUAUUACGAUGUACAGUAUAAUUAACUUUUAUAUCAGCAGUAUUACGAUGCUUGAUUUUACUAAAAGAAAAAUUUCAGAAUUUGUUUGUUUUAACGCAAAGCUCUAUACUGUCUAUAUGCGUUCUGUCCAACGCGGGGAAUCAAACCUCGGAUUUUAUUGUUGUAAAUACGUAAACGUAUCGCUGACCCACCGGAGGAGAAAUUUUCAAAGGAUCGUACAAGUAACCUUUUUAGACUAGCUCAAAAACUACUUAUUUCUUUGAAAAGCUUUUAAAGAAAAACAUUUUCAACUUAUUAAUCUAGUUAUGUUAAUAUAAAAAUAAAACAAAUAUUUUUCUAGUUACUAAAUUCAGUGUUUACUAGAAGAAAUAUUGCAGUGCAUGCCUCAGCAUAAAACUUUGAGAUUUUAAUAGCAAGAACAACAACAAAAAGUAUAUAAAUAAAUAUUCGUCAGACAUUUGAAGUACACUUCGAAAUAUGACAAUGAAUAUCAAAAUAUUUAAUAGUUAGAUCGAGCUCAAUACAGAAUAUUUCAUAAAUUUUGCUGUAGUUUGUUUUAGCGCAAAGCUAUGCAUUUGGUUGAGUAUCCUUUCACCACCGUGGGAAAUCGAGCCUCGGAUUCUAGCGUUGUAAUUCCGUAAACUUAUUGCUGACUCACCGGGUACGCUUAUUUUGGUAAUAUCAAGCAUCAUAAUUUUGAUGGUUUAACAGCAUAAUAACAUUUCCAACUUGUUUGAAACAUAUACUUAUAAACAAUACAACAAUCUACACAUCAAAAGAAGUUUAAGCGUUUUGAACAAUACUUUUAAAUUGUUUGAUGUUAUUAUAACUGUAACGUGCCGACUCUUAUUAAACGAGCACGUCUAAAAGAAUAAACACAACUAGUGAUUGUGGCGCCAUCUAUUAAACAUAUAUGAGGUAAACAAAUUCUCCCCCCCCCCCCUCAGUUGUUUUAUUAUGAUUAUUGAAUCCUUUAAAAUGUUAAAGGUUCAAGAUUAAAAUCUAGAAAUUAAAACAAUUUUAUCAAACUUUAGGUUUCCUGUGGAGUCACUACGAUCUUUUUCACCAAUAGGUUGAAAAGUCUUGUAGAUGUUUGGGCAUAGUAAAAGAAAAGACAUUUUCCUCUGUGCCGAAAUGUAAAAGAGGGUAUAUAUCAGCUUGUAAUUUGCGAAAAGAAAGAGCUGUUUUUGUUUCUUUGUUGAAUUUUGCGCAAAGCUAUUCGAGAGAUAUCUGCGUUAGCCGUACCUAAUUUAGAAUGAACUAGGUAGAUUUUGGUUAAAUCUAGCUCGAGUUUUACCGGCGUGUGACAAUUUAAGAACGGAUCUGAGAGCACACUUUCUUAUGGUCUAACAAUAACAGUAGAAAGUUAGCUCAACUUAAAAGUGCUUUCGUUUAAUCUACGUGGCAUUUCUCUCCCCCCCCCUUUUUUUCAGCUUAUCUAUUUAAAUGUAAAUUCACAAAAUAUGUUUUAUGUCCUGUGCAAUAAAUAGAUCAUAGUGAUAUCAGCUGACAUCUAGCGGAUAUAAAUUAAUUUCAAUGAAAAAUUAGAUGAAAAGAAAAUGAGCCUCUGGACAGAAAAACAACUUUUAUUGUUUCGAAAUCUGCAUUCAAACAGCAGAAGCCAAAUAUUAACAGGAAAGAUUCUACAUUUACAUGGGCCUAUGUCUAAUCACAGGGAUGCUUUAAAUUUUUCCCCAAAAAUAACCUCACCAAAAAAACAAAAACAAAAAAAAUAUA